UGCUGUUAUUUCUCUUCCACCAGUGAGUGUCUCCAUCAUGAGGCUGGUGUGGAAGUCCCUGGACAAGAUGAGGUGUUUCCGUAAACGCUCCACCAUCCCCUUUCUGGGGGUCCUGAUCACCUGUCUCCUCUUCUUCAAUCUCUACAUGGAGGAUGGAUACAUGAUGGAGGCGGGUAAAAGACCGCUGAGAGAGACAUCAAUGCAUCCUUCAAACACUGAGAGAUAUGUUCACACCUUCAGAGACCUCACUAAUUUCUCUGGAACCAUAAACGUCACAUAUCGUUACUUCGCUGGGAACCCACUGCCCCGAAAGAAAUAUCUAACCAUUGGAUUGUCAUCCGUAAAAAGAAAAAGAGGAAAUUACCUCAUGGAGACGAUCAAAUCUAUUUUUGACCAGUCCAGUUAUGAGGAGCUGAAAGAGAUUGUGGUGGUGGUCCACCUGGCAGACUUUGACCUGGCCUGGUGUGAAAACCUGGUGCAGGACAUCUCCAGGAAGUUUGCCCACCACAUCAUUGCUGGGCAUCUCCUGGUGAUCCAUGCCCCUGAGGAGUACUAUCCAUCACUGGAUGGGCUAAAAAGGAACUACAAUGACCCAGAGGACAGGGUACGAUUCCGCUCCAAACAGAACGUGGACUAUGCCUUUCUCCUCAACUUCUGCACCAACCUCUCUGAUUUCUACAUGAUGCUGGAGGAUGAUGUGCGCUGCUCACGGAACUUUCUGACAUCCCUGAAGAAGGUGGUCACCUCCAGGGAAGGCUCCUACUGGGUGAUGCUGGAGUUCUCCAAGCUUGGCUACAUAGGGAAGCUCUACCACUCAAGAGACCUGCCACGCCUGGCCCACUUCUUGCUCAUGUUCUACCAGGAGAUGCCCUGUGACUGGCUCCUCAUUCACUUCCGGGACCUGCUUGCCCAGAAAGACGUGAUCCGCUUCAAGCCCUCCUUGUUCCAGCACAUGGGCUACUACUCCUCAUAUAAAGGGGCAGAGAACAAGUUGAAGGAUGAUGACUUUGAAGAAGACUCCAUUGAUAUCCCUGACAACCCUCCUGCUAGCCUGUAUACAAACAUUCACGUAUUUGAAAACUAUGAUGCCACCAAGGCUUAUAGCAGUGUGGACGAAUACUUUUGGGGGAAACACCCUUCUACCGGAGACUUCUUUGUCAUUAUCUUACACAAACCAACUCAAAUCAGCAAGAUAAAAAUUGUGACAGGAACGGACGAUCGUCAGAACGACAUCCUGCACCAUGGAGCUCUGGAAGUAGGAGAGAAGCUGGUGGGGACAAAGAGAGGAAGGCAGUGUUCUUCCUACAUCACGUUAGGGGAGUUUAAAUAUGGCAACAUUGAGGUUCAAGACGUGGACCACAAGAUUGCCUUUGACAUUGAGUGUGUUCGUAUUGUGGCGACUGCCAGUCAGAAAGAAUGGCUGAUUAUUAGGAGUAUAAGUCUGUGGACUACACAACCUCCCAGUCAAUGGUACACGGAGGGACCAUACCGUUUAGACUAAAGUUUUAUAUUCACGGGCCUAUUCAUUUAUAUUGAUUAUAUGUUGGAGGCUCUAUGGUUUCUUUUAUUAUCUGUUAUAUUUGACAUACAAUAAAUAUUUGAGGAUUUGAACGUUAUGUGGGUUCAACGUUGUAUUUUUGUUAUAAAAUAAAAUGCAGACAAAUGUGUUUCCGUUUCCAAAAGAGCACUUAACAAAGUUAGUGAUUUUCACAGUUUUACAGAAAAUACCAUCU